AUGAAAGCCGUCAUCUGGAAUGGCGCUUCAGCUGAAGUGGUCACCGACCGGCCGGAGCCUCGUCUGCGUCCGGAUUACAUUUUAGCCUCGACCGUGGCCGUUGCUCUAAACCCAACCGAUGUGAAAGGUAUCGCACAACGCCGCGCUGCAACCAAUGGGCUGCUGGGGUGGGACUUCUCUGGCAUCGUUCUCGAGGUCGGUCAAGAGGUGACCAAGCCCUUCAAGAAAGGCGACAGAGUCUUUGGGCUUGCACACGGCGGGAAUUUCAACGAGGCUGAAGAUGGAGCGUGGGCUGAGGUCGUUGCAGCCAAGGGUGACUGUUGCAUGAAGAUGCCAGAUCAUUGGCAGUUCGAAGACGCAGCGACUGUGGGAACAAGUGCACUCACAGUCGGACUGGGCUUGUUCCAGGAGAUGAAGCUGAGGCUGCCUCGUGUGGAGAUUCCUGGAGCCUCUACCGGUACCCAGAAGGAGUAUAUCCUGAUAUAUGGCGGCAGUUCAUCAGCAGGGACAUUGGCGAUCCAAUAUGCCAGACUAGCCGGGUACGCUGUUGUGACAACGUCUUCAAAGCACAACUUCGAUCUCUGCAAGUCCCGCGGGGCAGAGGCCGUGUUUGACUACACAGAUCCAAGCUGCGGCGAACAGAUAUAUGAACAUACCCAGGGAAAAUUGAAGUUGGUCUGGGACACCAUUGGCUCCGAGGACGGCGUCAACAUCUGUAUGGCUGCUCUCUCCCAGGCCACUGACAGCGAGGAUAAGAAGUACGGCACUAUACUUUUCAACGGGAUUCCCCGGAAGGAUGUGAAACACAGCUUCAGUGUGGUGAUAAGUUUCUCCGGCGAGGCUUGUGACAAGUUCGGCAAGCACUUUCCCGCUGUCAUGGAGGACUUUGAAUUCUCCAAGCAAUUCACCAGCUUGACGGAGACACUGGCGGCCGAGGGUUUGCUGCACCCGCACCCGGUAAGAGUGAUCAACAGAGGCCUACUCGGGAUGGUGGAGGAGGGAGUGCAGCUGUGCAGUCAAGGCAAGGUGAGCGGGUGCAAGAUCGUGGCCCGUGUGGCCGAGACGUGUGGGAAAGAUCAAUAA